AUGAGUGAAAUAGUUUUGUGGUUGGUGUUUAUACUUACAGCAUUUAGUAGCGUACAAACAGCUAAAUAUGUGCCAAAUUGGAAAAAACAAGCGUGCGAAUUGCCAACUUCUCGAAAAUCCCAUUACAUUUGCACGGACGAUGGUGAGGUGAAGUGCCUUCCAGGCUGGACCGGCGAUCUUUGCGACGUUCCCAUUUGCCGGGCCGGUUGCGAUCCCAUGCAAGGCUAUUGCACCCAACCGGGACAAUGCACGUGCAAACUGGGUUAUUACGGAGAAAAGUGCGACAAAUGUAUCACAUUGCCCGGUUGUCAGCACGGCUAUUGCAACACCAGUUUCGAAUGCAACUGCAAACCUGGUUGGGAUGGAAUCUUUUGUAGCGAACCAAUAUGUAGAAAUGAUUGUAGUGGGACAAGAGGAUAUUGUGAUGUACCAGGAGAGUGUAAAUGUCGCUUGGGUUGGUCCGGAAAAACUUGUAAGGAAUGCCAAGUUCUUCCUGGAUGCGUGCACGGUUAUUGCAAUAAACCACUGGAAUGCAAAUGUUUACCGGGAUAUACAGGAAUUCUCUGUCAAAUACCUAUUUGUUCACAAUCGUGCCAUAAAGAGAGAGGGUAUUGUUUGAAGCCAGGAAAGUGUAGAUGUAAAGUUGGUUGGUGGGGAAACAACUGCGAGAAAUGCUACCCAUAUCCAGGAUGUGAACAUGGUUUUUGCAGGAGACCAUGGGAGUGCAAUUGUGAAAAAGGAUGGGGCGGUAUGCUGUGUAAUGAAAAGUUGAAUUACUGCGAGAACAACCCAGAUAUUUGUCAAAAUGGUUCUAAAUGUAUAUCACUGACGAGAGAAGAUGGAAAUUACAGGUGUUUGUGCAGAGAAGGAACGUUUGGUGUGAAUUGCGAAAAAUCCAAAUUUAACAUGACCGCAGGCAAACCGACGUUUAAACCGACUGUUAAAACAACGACUGUGGUUACAACUAUCGAAUAUGUAAAUUUUACUAAUGAAAUCAUCACCUCGACUCCUUCAGUGGAUAAUCAAGAAAAUGAAACUGAGAACAAAACCGAGAAAACUCCCUCAAAAUUAUAAUUAAAUAAGUACGUUGAUUAUCCACUGACUUAACAAAGAGUUUAAAAGGGAGUUUUAUAAAGAAGUGUUGAAUGAGCAAUCCUGAAUUAUUUUAGGUUGGUUGACCCUGUCGAUGUAUGCAACACUUUAAACAUGUUUUAAACCAAAAUUCAGGUUAAGCUGUGUAAUAUAAAUGAAAUUAAUUUUUUGUAUCGUCUAUAAUAUUAGUUAUUUAUUGGUAACAUAAUAAUAACUUGUUGUUAAUAUAUUAUUUACAAUUUGA